CAUGGCUAGCAAUUGUCUACUGUACAAACACACCCACAGAAGGAUUAGAAAGCAGUUUCGCACAGCGACUCAUGUCCCUUAGACUUAGGAUGGGACUUCCCAUGGCAAACAGUUUGCUCUCCCAAGGGGGUAGAAGGAGUUUCGGAGAAACUGAGGGGGAAAUGGCGUAUGAUGAAAUCUAUUAUGACGCAAGAGCCAAAGACCUCCCAGAGCUUAAUGUCGGCGAACACAUCAGAAUGAAACCCCUGCCAGGAGACCGCACUGGCCGGUGGCGGAGAGGCCAGUUGGCUAGCUACAGUGAAACGGCAAUCAGAGAGGACGACACAUCGGAGAUCAGAGAGUGUGAGUCAGGGAAAAUUCAGGAACGAAGACUUAUGGUGGCUAACAAACAAUCACCACUGGGAACCCUGAUCAUUACUCACAGCGGCCGUCAGUCACGGCCACCACAGAGACUUGAUCUGUGUGUUUGGUGAUACAGAUGUAGUGUCAGUGAUGGAGGGAGAUUCUGUCUCUCUUAACUCUAAUGUUACUGAAGUACAGAAAGAUGAUCAGAUUCUUUGGAUGUUUGGACCUAAAGAGACGAGAAUAGCUGAAAUCUAUAAGAACAGCAUUGAUAUGUUUAACAGUAAUGAGAUAUUUGGAGACAGACUGCAGAUGGACAAUCAAACUGGAUCUCUAACCAUCAGAAACAUCAGAAGAACAGACUCUGGACUUUAUAAACGACAGAUCCGCAGCCACGGAGGAAACUCAGACAAAACAUUCAGUGUUACUGUCUACGCUCCUCUGCCUGUUCCUGUCAUCACCAGUAACUAUUCAAUCUGUUCUUCAUCAUCAUCAUCAUCAUCAGGUUCAUCAGGUUCAUCAGUGUCUAAUUGUUCACUGCUGUGUUCAGUUGUGAAUGUGAGUGCUGUGACUCUCUCCUGGUACAAAGGAAACAGUUUAUUGUCCAGCAUCAGUGUGUCUGAUCUCAGCAUCAGUCUCUCUCUACCUCUGGAGGUGAAAUAUCAGGAGAACAACAUCUACAGCUGUGUGAUCAACAAUCACAUCACAAACCAGACUCAACACAACAUCAACAUCACUCAACUCUGUCACACGUGUGCAGGCUUGUAUGGCAGUUCAGUGGGUGUGAUUCCAUCCCUGAUUUAUGCUGUGGUGGGCGUGGCUGCUGUUGCUCUAAUGGUUUGUUAUGUCAGAUCUAGAAGGGACUGAAAAAAGUAAAAGCCACCAUCAAAGCCUCACUGACACGAUUCCCUCCUAUAGACAGCAGGUGGCAGUAACUCAUAAUUGUUCAAUCAAAUUCAUGUGCACUUCCUAAAUGUAAAUAAAAUAUG